CAGGAACAGGUGGUUGCGAGUUUGAGGUUUUUAAAUUUUUGUGAGAGAACAACGCGUUCUUGGCUUCCUUUGGUGAUUGCGACCCAUAAUCAUGGCUCCCGUUGCUGGGAGCUCGGUUCGCAACAAGGCGACCAAGUCGCCCAUGUUCCACGUCGGGCCCAUGAGCCGCAAUGUGGUGGAUGCGUUGGCGGAGUUGUGCGACGAGUUGGAAAUCACUAUUGGGCUGCUUCCCUCCCGUCGGCAGAUCGAUUUUGAUGGAGGAUACAGCAACAAUUGGACGACGAAAGGCUUUGCGGAGUACGUCGCGGCAAAGAACGCAAGCUUUGCGGGCACCGAUUAUGCGCUUCUUAUGGAGCGGGACCACGGUGGCCCCAAGCAGGGCUCUGUGGAAGACGAUGGCUGUGAGUCGUUCGCGACCGACGCGCAAUAUUUCGAUCUGAUCCACGUGGACCCGUGGGCGGCGUGCAAGGACCUGCAAGAGGGCAUCGACAUGACCAUCAAGCACAUUCAAGACAUGUGCAAGCAAAGCACCGAGCCGAAAUUCGAAGUGGGCACGGAGGAGGCUAUUCGUCCAUUCACUUCGGGGGAGCUGGAGAUUUUGCUGCGCCAGCUGAAGAUUCGGCUGACCAACGAGGAGUUCGCGCGUAUUGAGUACGUGGUGAUCCAGUCCGGUGUGGCGUUGGAUCUUGCGAACCGCCAAAAUGUGGGGGUUUACAACAAGGAGCGUCUGAAGGAGAUGGUAAAAAUCGUCCACAAAUACGGAAAGAAACCGAAGGAGCACAAUGGGGACUACUUGUCGCGGCAGCAGUGCCAGGAGCGGUUCACCAACGGCGUCGCAGCCGUCAACAUCGCGCCGGCCUUCGGGCAAAUUGAAACCGCCUGCUUGCUGACGCUGCUGCGAGAACAGGACAUUUCCGCCUCUUCGCCGACCAACGCCUCUGGUAAAAGCCUGUUCGAGGAGAUGUACCAGCUGUGCUACGACUCCGCAAAGUGGAAAAAAUGGAACAAGAACAACCUGCUGAACCCGAGAACGGAAAAAGAGAAGCUCAUCCUGAUUUGCGGACACUACGUCUUGUCGUACAAGACCUUCGUCGAGGAGUUGAAGCCAAAAAUUCUGGAAGCUGCGAGGACGUUCCUGGCCCAACAGUCGGAGGAGGUGAUGGUGGAGCGGAACGGCGCAACCCUUUCCCCCGACAUCAAUGUCCUGUACGACAGCUACGUGGUUUCGGAGGUGAAGAAGUUUUUCACACCGUAUCUGGAGAUGGCGAAGGAGCUCCAGACGAUUUACGGCGCUAAUUCCUCGGGUUUGUACGGAACCAGUAUCUCCGAGGUGCCCGGAAAAAACAUCUUCACCGAAGAAUGCGACUUGGAAAACCGUGCGGGCGGUUUGACGUUUCAGUACUACGACGGGUAUGGAGACGCAUCUGCGGCGGAGACGAGGAAGACGGAAAUCCACCGGGUCGUGUGGUCUGCGGCCCCGUCGCCGUACUACUAUGCAACCUACAUGUUUCCGCUUCCGGGCAAGGAUGUGACCAGUUUGAAGUUGUCGCUCGACUUCCUGGACGCGUACACGCUGUACUUCCGAAGCCACGGCAGCAACACCGCGUCUGGAACGUUGUCCUUGAAGUUCUCGUCUGCGGCCGGUGCUGGCACGGAGUCCACGCCUGUUUCCACCUUGGGCCUGGACCAAGCCCUCGACGUUCGCGGGUAUUUUUUGGAGGUGGAAUUGACCGGCGUCAAAAACGCACACGAAGGCACCACGUUCUGCCUGUACGUGGCGGGCAUCCCCUCCUCGCGCAAGAGCGUGGUCAACAACUUCGUCGAGGACUGUCGGGCCGACAGUAAGAAUUCGUUUACAAGGCGCAACUUCGCCCCAUUCUCGGGAUUCGUGUUGCAUGUAACUACUUGGCUUCAAUGCAGAUCCAUUUGAAAGCUUCGCAUCACGUGCGUGUCUCCACAUGAUGGUCGACAAAAAAUUAUCGUGAGUUCUUCUCAUGUUUGACGUACAGAACUAUCCGUACUGUACCAAGCAAAUUGUUCGAAGUCAGUUGUGCGUGUUGCGGUGGUGCUGGAAGAAAGUAGACUGCAGGAAGUAGAUGAAAAAGAAAUCCGGAUGUUGCAUGACAGAGCGGGGUGAUUUUCCUUACCAUUCUCUGGACAGUGGUGAACGAUGCGGAUAGUACUAGCGCUGCUGCAACGGGCGUUGCGGGUCUGACAGGUGGAGCCGACAAACCUCCCGUUCAGGCGACCAUGCCGGGUGGCCGGCCGCGAUCGAAAUCGGUGGAAGAAGUGACGAAGGUGAUCAAGAAAUCGGAGUCGGUGAAAAAAGUAGUGAAGCCCUGGGGACACGAACUCUGGAUCACCUCGCCCGAGAACAUCCACCUGUACUGCUUGAAGGAGAUCAUGUUGAAAAGCGGCAAGAAAACCAGUCUGCAGUACCACGUGAUGAAGCGCGAAACGAAUGUACUGGUUGAGGGCCGGGCCGUGAUGUGGUACCAGAAAAACGCAGACCCGCCGACGCUGGAGGCCAAACUGGCAACACUGUCGGUCGAGGAGCAACAAGGAAACGCGAUGUACAAAGACGUGAACUUGGAGCUUGGGCAGCAGCUGCUGUGGCCGCUCUCUGCCGUGGGUGUGACCCCGCCCUUGAUCCACCGUGUCGAGGCCCUGAGCGAUAUUCUACUGUACGAAGUUAUGGAUGUGUCAGGUUUGAAAUCGUCAAAGUUGAAAUAGUUUGCCAUGCAUAAAACGGAUACCAGUUAGACCUACAGUUUGUUGUCGGUGCAUGACAAAUUUUCCCGGUCCUGGAAGCGAGUCUGUCAUGCGGUUUAGGGCAAAAGAGCUGCCUUCUGUCAUGCUAGUUAGCAGUCCAACUUUUGACCCUUACCAGGACUAUAAUCUGCCUCCCGUGGGUCCUCUGCAAUAGAGUCACUUUUUGUAUCGCAUUUUAUGCAUUACAAAUUAUGUCAACUUUGACGAUUUCAAACCUGACGCUUCCAUAGAAGUGAGCACCCCGCAGCUCGACGACGUGAUUCGGAUCCAGGAUGACACCAAUCGUGCCGCCUUUGGUCGCAUCGCCAGUGAGCACGAAAGUAGCCAGACGCUGAAGGUGUGCAUCUUGGCCGCGGGUACCGCCCGGCACAUGGGACCUCUGUGUUCGAAUUUUAACAAGGCGUUGCUACCGAUCCACGGCAAGGCAGUGAUUUCUCGCAUCAUCAAAAAGUUUCUGAAUGUGCCGACCACGGGCACUCGCCUGAAAUUUGUGGUCGCGCUGGGCUUCCAGGGAGAGCAAGUGAAAAACUACUUGCUUGCCGCGCACAGCGAUUUGGAUUUCGACUUUGUCGAGGUGCCCGACUACGACAAGGCCGGUAGCGGUCCAGGAAAGACGCUGUGGAUGUGCAAAGAUGCGUAUAAUUAUCUUGAACCACGAACAUCGAUCUUCGCGAAGAUGGAGAUUUUUCGGUUUUGUGGCAGUCUAGAAUUCUGAAAAAAUAUAUCAUUCGAGUGAAGAUAGGACAUGUGCAUGUGGUUUCCAAGAAUCCCAUACAACAGAAUCGGCACUUCGGAGCCGUUUUACUGGACUUGCUGCGACACGGAUAUCGGGGACGGCGAAAUUCCGUUCGCAAAGACAACGAGCGACUGGGUCGGGGUCUGCCAGGUGAAUGCGGCGAUUUCGGAGAAGUACUGCAACUUUGCCGUGGAGGGGGACCGCAUCGUGUCCGUGAAGAACAAGAUUGGGUACUACGACAUGUCACCGGACAAGAGGAAGAGCAAGCAGGAGCCCGUGCAGGACCUCAGCGGCGGCAUCUGGACGAGCUUCAUUGGGUUGUCCUACAUCAAGAGCGCGGACGUGUUCUGGAAGGCGAUGGAAGAGGAAGUGGCGCACGCCGCCGGAAGUGGCGGAUCGUGUGAGAUCAUUCCGGGUUUGGAGGCGAUCAUGCAGAAAGACUACGGUGCGGUGGAGGCGCUGCCGUUCGCGCAGUGGCAAGACCUGGGCUCGUUGGACCAAUACCUGAAGGUACUGAGUUGUUCAUACUCUUACGAAAUUUUUUGUCGAUGACACGUUGGAUCAGGAGACACCAGACUAUCUCGCUGUACUUACUUGAACCCAUUUUGUGCAGAACUAUAAAUAUAUCAUAGCCGCCAUGUCCUUGUAGCCAUGACACGAUCUGAUCAUCUCGAACUCAAUGUACGCAACCAGGUUGUGGCGGCCACUUUUGGCGAGAACUUCAAUUUCCAAAAGCCGGACGAGUAUCUGUACUUUGUGAACGGGCGGGUUAUCAAGUUUUUCCAAGACGAAGCGAUCACGAGGAACCGGGUGUUGCGCGCGCGCGCAAACCCGGGCGUGUGCCCCGAGAUCGAGACCCACGCCGGACAAUUUUUGGCAUACAAAUUCAUUCCGGGCACGACCAUGUACGUGACAUCCACGACGCGAAUCUUUCGCAACCUUCUGCAGUGGCUGCACGAGAAGGUGUGGCUGAAACCCGGGGACGCCGGGCUGGUGAUGCCGGCGGACAUGAAGCCAAACCAGGAGUCUUUCCAGCAGACCUGUGCCCGUUUUUACCAGGAGAAGACGCUGAAGCGCGUGGCGGCGUACCACAAAAAGUACCCGCAGGCCUUCCACAUCUCGGAGGACGGGAAAAAGUUCGUGGACAAGAAGAACACCAUCAACGGCAUCGCGAACAUCCCCAGCAUGGAGUUGUUGCUGGCCGAAUUCCCCUUCGAGCUCCUCACGGAGCACGGGGAGGAACGCUUUUUCCACGGGGAUCUGCAGUUCGACAACGUGAUCUACAAUCCGGAGGCGGAUUCCUUCUGCUGCAUCGACUGGCGCCAGGACUUCGGCAACCCGAACACGAUCUACGGCGAUUUCUACUACGAUUUGGCGAAGAUGUACGGUGGGCUCAUCAUGAAUUACGACUACGUCAAGGAGAACAAGUUUCAGUACGCGGAGACGGCAGGCGGCGACAUCUCCUUCGACUGGCAGGUCCGUCACAGCGGCCGCUACUCCUACCUCCCGCUUUUAGAGGAGUUCAUCGAGAACACGCUCAAGUGCUCCGUGCAAAAGGUGAAGCUGCUCGUCGGGAUCGUCUUUCUGAACAUGUCGCCCUUGCACGACUACCCCUUUGACAAGAUGCUCUGGGCGUUUGCGAGAGAGUGGCUCAACACGGAGAUCAGUAACUACAAAAGAACCAAACAAGGUGCCUAGUGGAGUUUUUCAAUAAAUUUUUCCAUUGUGUAUUGAAGCUAAUUUUUGAAUUUCGUACUGGUGCUUCAUCGUGCUUGCAGCGUAGUACUCAAAACUAAGCCGCUCCAGUACAUUGAUUGUACUAGAGCGGCUUCGUUUUGAUUGUGGAAAUUAAU